AGAACUUAACUAACUGAGAAGAAAUAACUUGAAAGAUUGAAACUGGCAACAGAACUUUAAACAUGUGACCCAAACAAACAAAAUAUGGAAGUCCGAUAUUUUUGAUUAUGUGAAAUAAAUAUGUUAUUAGAUGAUACCCAAGUUUUAAGCUGCCUAAUAGAGGCGGCAGAAAAUGUGCAAGGAUAUACUGUAUACAUGAUGAAAGUGCAGAGGGGUCAAUCAGAAGCAUCAUGGCAAGUCUCAAGACGUUAUAGUGACUUUGAUACUUUGAACAAUUUGUUAUUAUGCUCUGGUUUGGACAUCCCCCUGCCCCCAAAGAAGCUUUUUGGAAAACUGGAAAGAGAGUUUGUUGCAGAGAGGCAGCAGGCUUUACAAGUAUAUAUAAAUUUCUUGUUGUCUCAUCCAUUGCUUUCAUCAUCUAUCCAUGUAAAAAGAUUCCUUGAUCCGGCAAACUAUUCCUUUAAUUUUGUAGAGACAUCAUUACAGCAUGUGUCCAUGGUUUUUCGAUCUGAACCACAAUGGGAAAUAGCUGAACCUUUACUUGAUUUUGGUUGGAGGAUACGAAAACAGUAUUUUAGUAUAAAAUCGAAGAAUGAAUCUAAAAAGAGAUUUGUUCUCUCAUGGACGGCUUUGGGACCAGACCAGUAUCUCAAUGAAAAAGAUUUAUCUUCAGCUGUCAAACUUUUAGGCUCCAUAAAGCAUCCUUUCAUCCUCCCUGUAUCAAUGUGCUGUGUCAGUUCGAAUGGGGCUCUAGUCAUAUAUGAUUUUCUGGAAAAUGGAAGUAUUCGAGAUUAUUUGUGCAAGACUAAACCUCGUACACCAUUUUUAAAAAAGUAUGGAAAUCCCAAAUCUUUCAAUGCAUUUGAAUUAUCGAAAAUCAAGACUUAUGGUGGCCAAAUUUUAACAGCCUUAAAAUUUCUGCAUGAUCGGGGAUUUUAUCAUGGUAGCAUUCAAGCUGGGAAUGUAGCUAUUGUAGAUGGUCAGUGCAAGUUAUUAGAUGUUUUCAAUGGUGUUCUUGGAGUCCCUUCAUUUCUGAGAUCCCAUAUCUCUCAGUUAAAAGGAGUUCAAACCGUAGAGAACAUUGAUGUGUAUUGCUUUGGGCAUUUAAUGUAUGAAAUGACUUUUGGAGCUCCCCUCUAUGAAACCACCUGUGAUAAUUUGCCAAAUAGCUGUUCACCUGACUUGCGUUCCCUCUUACUGUCGAUUCUUUCUAAAGACGGAUUAAAGUCGGGACUGCCAAGUAUAACAGGCUUGUUGCAACAUCAGUUUUUUGUUAAUUCCUCGAAUGGUACGGAAAAGGUACAUUUAAAAGUCUCUUCACAGUUAAAGGAAAGUUUGAAGAACAUGAAAGAACUAACCCAAAAGCGUCUUAAAGAAGAUCAGAAAAUGAUAAGGCACAGCAAAAGAAUUUCAAAGGUACAGGCACAACUAUCUUGUGACGAAGAAAAAAAGAAAAGGUCGAAAGAAAAAAGGAAAAUCAAUACAGAACUGGUUAACAGUACUUCCAGUGGUGAGCGUUCCCACACACCCUCCACUCCUUCAGUUAGUGAAAUUGAUCAACCGUUGACUCCUGUCUCUCCUCCUCCACCACCACCAUUGCCUCCUCCAUUUUUCGGAGACCAAAACCCUAUACAAAGUGUACAGAAUGGGAAACCGCCUUCCCCGAUGCCUGUUGAAACUGGUGGGGGGCGUACUGCGCUCCUCUCGUCGAUUCAAGGCUUUAAUAAGGGGGCUUUGAAGAAAGCUGAAACAAAAGAUUGCAGUGCUCCCAAAGUAUAAAUGAGUACUAUUUGUGCAUUCUUUUUUUUAUAGAGAUAAUUAUGUCUGUAAAGAAAUGUUCUUUAAUAUACAUAUUUAAUAUGAAUGCAGUAAAAGUUUAAUUAUCUGUGUUAAGAUGAAUGAAAAUGUAUGAAUUAGUAUGCAAAAAUUAUAACUCAAUAUCAGUAGAGGGGAAGGGAUUUUAAUUUGUGUGCAAUUUAUUCUUGUCAAAUAAAUGACAUUGUCAAUGGAAUCCUUUCACAGGCCUAUUUUUGCAUAAAAAAACUGUGAAAAAAAGUCAUGCAAACAUAUUUAAAUUUAAUAUGCUUGAAUGAAUUUAUUUUGCAUGAAUUUAUGUUGUAUUUUAUGUUUAAUGCCAAAAGUUUUUCAAAACUAAUAUGACAGGGUUCGUAUCUAAGUUUCCUUUCGUCCUUUUCGUCUCUAAGUUUUUCCAGCUAUUAAAACUAGUAUAGUUAGCCCAAUAUAACUCUCACAAAAGCAAAGUAAUUGUGUUUCCUCUUAAUAUAUUGUGUAUAAUAUGUACAGGUAAAAAACAGGGAUUUUUUUUCCCCAGGUGUGAGUGUCAACCUUGAUUAAGAACUGUUCAAAAAAUGCAAAACAGAAAUAAGAAACCUUUUCUUUUAUAUCUAUGUAAAAAUUCUUGACCCCUCUUAGAAAUUUUAAUUUGAAAAAUUUUUGGCAUUAAUAAUGCCAAUUCAAAACUAUAAUGUGAAAACUUACUAAAAAUAAAAUUCUUUCUAUAUUUUUUGCAAUCCCUCAUUGUCAAAUUAAAAGUACAAGUGAUUAAAAAUUCUUUUUUAAUAUUGAACAUGCAUUAUAAAAAUAAAUAAUUGUUUUUUAACCAGAUCAUAAAAUGAUGGGUUUAUAUGCGCAUGGGUGAUUUCUUUUCAAUUUUGAUUGCAAAAAUAAGAAGUCCAAAGUGAACUUUAAUUUCCAAGCUCAUUCUAAAGUUGAUGUUAUGCUAGUUUUUAGAAUCGGUUAUGGGAAAAUUUAUUUAAGAGAUCAUUUUCAUUAAAUGAAACUUUGUGAAAGGACAAAUUUCGGCAAAGUAAGUUUUUAUGAAGGGAAAUUUUUUUAUAAAUUUGAUUUCUGUGCAGAGGCCAUUUUUAUGAAUUUGAUUUUUACGAAGGGACUGUUUUUACUAAUUACAUUUUUUUAAAUGAACCAUAAAAUUUCCCCAAUUUGGGAAUUAAUUGACCCAUAAUUGAUCGUGGGGUAAGCAAUCGGCGGGUUCUUAAAAUAAGAUCAGCCUAAUUAUGAUCCUUAAAAUAAUAUAUGCUGAAGAAAUUACGGCCGAUUCCUCUAAUUACUGAGUUAUUCUCAUUUUAACUCUCUGGUUUUAUCACUUAAAAUGUUUUUAGUACAUAACUAACUCUCACAAUUCUAUUUAAAUGCAUACAUAAAAUGAUUGGAAAUUAUGUAUAUAUGGCAUAAGAUUAUCAGACAAUACUUUUACUGUGUUAUUUGUCAAUUGAGAAUAUCAUUAUGAACAAAAUUAUAGUUUUUUUUUAGAUUGUUUGUUUACAAAUUAUGUGUAUAAAGAGCUUCAGAUACUAGUUUUGAUGUAAAUAUAUUUGUCUUAUUAUGAACAAAUGAUGUCUAUUGCACACUAUGCUGUUUGUUUAAAGUUGUUUGCACAAGUUGAUAAUUUAUGUUGAAGAUAUUAAACAAGAAGAAAUAAUUAUAAAGAUUGGAAAUGUCCUCAAGAAGGUGAUUUAGUUAAUUUUUGAGCAAAGAUUUCAAAUAUUAGCAGUUCCAUUAACUUUUAAUUUUAAUAGAUUUAGCCAAAUUAUGUGAAAAUUAAUGUUUUUAAUUUUUUUGAUAGUAAAUUUUUAUGAAAUUAAUUUUUAAAAAAAAUGUAUUUAUUUUGGCAUGAAAUAAAAAGGCGUUAAAAGAGUUUUAGCGAUAUAUAAAUGUUCUAGAAUGAGAAAAAAAUGAACUUUUUACAUUGUAGGUGAUUUACGACUAAAAUGUUUUAUAAAAUUCAAAAAUAUGACUAUGAAUAAAAAUAAGUGUAAUUAAAUGAAUUAGAUAUGUAAAUGUAAAAUUUUUAUAUUAAAAAGUAUAUUUACUAUUUUUUUAUGUUUAUUUUUAAUUUGUGGCUAAAAUUAUGAAUGAAAUUCGUACAUAAAAUCAUUCAAAAAACAGCAUAAAUAAAUGAAUUCUAUCUAAGUCAACCAUAAAUUACUUGAAAAUGAUUGUUAUCUGAAGCAACUAAGUUGUCAUGUUUUAUAUAUGAACUUUAAGGCUGGAUGAACUUUAAGCAAACAAACAGUUUGGCUUGAAGAGUGAUAAAAUUUUGAUAAUGUAAUGAGAAAUAAAUUUUAAAUAAAUAUUUAUUUUUAAUGUUUUAAAAAAUUGGAAAGGAUGUAAUUAAAUAAUGUAUACAAAGAUAUCUAUCAAAGUUGAUUAAAUAAAUUAAAUUUCAUAAAACUUUUUCAAAUAUAAUUGAAUAAAUUUCAUGAAGCAUUUUUUGAAUUUCAUAAAACAUUAAGAUAAUAAAUGCUUGAUAUAAUAAUUUUUUAACUGUUUAAAAUGAAUACUGAAUUUAUUAAGCAAAAUUUUCAAUUAUUUAUUAUUUUUUUAAUGUCCUGAAAUUUUUAUGUGCAAUACAAUUAAUAAAUUUAAAUUGAAGAAAUGAACAAUUUUCUGCGUUUUUGUAAAUUCUUAAUGAAUGCAAAUUCGUAAAUUAUUAUUGAAAUCACACAAAUUUAUGUAACUAAAACCUGUAAAAUAUUUAGAAGUUUUGCUUUGCAAAUCUCAAGGAAUUUUAUUUUGUCUGGAGAGAGACCAUUCUGGAGAAUUACUUCAAGCAAAUUUUUAAAUUGUCCAGAUUGUGGCAGAAGAGAAAGAUAGCUUGAUUGAUUACCACACAUGUCAAAAUCAUGUUGACUGUAUCAAGAAAUGCUUUAUUCUUUUAUCAACAAAAUUGCUUAAAUUAAUAGAUUAACUAAUUCAGCUCUUUAAAUUAUGAGAACCUAACUUUAUUUCUCCUUUGUUUGCAAAUUUUUCUACUAGAAAAAACUUUUUAGAAAGAAACUUGUAGAAAAAAAACCUUUUUGUUUGGUUCACAAUAGCAUAGAUAACUUAUAAAAACUAAUUUGUAUACAAGUAACCAUAUACUUUGUGAAAUACUUAAAUUUUAAAAAAAAAUAUGAUAGCUAUACUUGGCAUUUUUAUCAAGUGCCAAGUAUAACUGUCAUAGUUUUUAAAAGUUAAUUAUUUCACAAAGUAUAUGGUUACUUUUUAAUUUUAUGUAUAGUUGAUAAACUUUUAAAGAUAAAUUUAGUAGAUAAACUACAAGGUUGUGUAUUUUAUUGAUUUAGCUUCAGUAUUUUAUUGAUUCAGCUCUUUAAACAUGAAAAUCAGUGAUAUUAAUAUAUAAAAUUACCUGACUUUAGAACCAUUAAAAAAUUUAACUGUUUAUAAUACCAUAAAUAACUUGAUAAAAGUGCCAAGUAUACCUAUCAUAAAUUUCAAAAGGUAAUUAUUUUGCAAAAUAUAUAGUUGCUUAAGCUUAUUUUUGUGUAAAUAGAUAAAUUAUUAAAGCAAGUAAAUAUAUAAUAUGUAUGUUUCAUUUUGAAAAUCUGCUAGAUAAAGAUAUCUUGUUGAUCCCUAUAAGUUGCCUCUAUGGAGAACUUUUUUAGUCUCUUUUUGGCGAAUUUCAAGUCCUAGCCAAGCAUAAUCUGCUACUGUUUGUAUCAAAACUCUCUAACUUUGAGAAAUAUAUGAUAGUUUGUUUUAAUAUGUUUUCCUCCUUUUUUUAAAAAAAAAAACUUUUUAAUUAUUCUGCCCUAUUAUACACCAUAUAAAAUUAGUGUUUUCAAUUGUAUAUUUUUGUGUUACUUCAAGUGUUGAAUUGUCAUGAUAGAGGGUGGAGCUGUUUGAAAAAUGAGUUUAUUCUCAAAAUAAAUUUAAACUACAAUAUAUUUUAUCGUCAACUGCAAGAUUAGGAUGAUUUGAUUUACUUUAAAAAAGUAUUAUUUUUUUCGUUUUUGUUGAAAUAUUUUUAAAAUAACCACUUAUGGUUAACUUUAUUCAGUUUUAAAAUAAAAAGAACCUCUGAAAUUUGUUCCUUUUAAUGUUAAGUGUUAUUUCAUUUUCCAAGUUGGUAUGUUUUAUCAUACCUUAUUUUUGUUUAAUUAGGGUAAGAUGAAUAGUGAUAUAUAUAUAUCAACUAAUUUUUGCAUCCUUUGAACAUUUAGAAUUAGAGCAACAUAAAAAAUAUUUAAUGUCUCGAAUAUUUUUGUCUAUGAAAAUCAGUUGUUUUCUAAGAAGUUCUAUUAUUUUUUGUACAAAAAUUUGAUGUAAGAAAAGAUAAAUUCGAGUGAAGGAUGGUAUUUUAAUCGAUGUCAGGUAGAUAAUUUUUUGUGCAUAAAAAUUUAGUAGUAUUGUUUUUCUUAAGUUAAAAAAUUUUUUUUUUGAAUACAUAAUUGGCCUUUGAAAAAUCACUUAAAAUACCAAUGUUUUUUAAUGUACUUAUUAUUCAGCUUCCGUUUUUAUUUUCUUAAUUUAAAUACUAUUUAGAAAUGUAUGCAUGCAUCUUAAUUUUUUGUGUGUAAAUGCAAGUGAUAUAUAUUUAAUGUCCUUAAAAAAAAUUUAAGAAUAAAAUUUGAUAAAAUGAUUUUGUUUUUUCUUCUGACAAUUUCUCACAUGACAAAAGGUAGGACAUGUUUUCAACACUUUUAUUGUAUAUAUUUAUAUAACAUUUAUUAUAUAAAUAUCAAUAUAUAAUAUUUAUUAAAAAAACUCUGUUUCAUAAGUAUAACUAUAUUAAAUGUACUGUUUUAGCCUUAAUUUAUAUUGUAAUGAAAUAUUGUUUACUUGCCAAAGAAUGUUUAGCAAAAUCUAAACUGUGUAUAAUAUGUAAAAUAAAUACUGAAUGUGUAUUUUUAUGGUGAAUGUAUAUAAUUACAGAUAUCAGAAAGCAAAUUUUAAAUAAAGUUUACGUCUAAGUAUGA